AUGUCAACCGCACAUUCUACCUUGUCAAACAUCUCAACUUCAAGCUCCCAGCUUCGUGUGGACAGUACAGAACACCUGGUUGCCCUGAGAGCACUGUUCCCUGAGGCCAAGAUUGGGUACUACAUCGUUCCGUCGGAGGAUGAACAUCAAUCAGAAUAUGUUGCAGAUGCUGAUAAGAGGCGCGAGUUCAUAUCUGGGUUUUCAGGUUCUGCUGGAGUCGCCGUGAUCUCUUUGACUGCCGCCUUUCUUUUCACGGAUUCUCGCUACUACAUUCAAGCACGUCGACAACUUGACAGCAAUUGGACAUUGUAUAAAGUUGGCUUACCGGGGGUGAAGCGAUGGGAUGAGUACAUUGCGGACCUCCCCUCCGGUAGCCAAGUCGGAGUUGAUCCGCGCUUACUUUCACGAGCCAUGGCUAUCUCCCUCUCAUCACAAUUGACAAAGAAGGGCUCAAAACUCGUCUUUCCGCGUCGUAACCUGGUGGAUACUAUAUGGACUGACCGGCCGCCCAGAAGCAAGAACCCAGUGGUUGUCCAUCCGGUUGGCUUUGCGGGCCGCAAUCCCAGAGAGAAGAUCAGUGAUCUUCGCGCCUUCAUUGCGACUCGACCCGGCUGCACUGGUUAUCUAGUUUCUGCUCUAGAUGAAAUUGCAUGGCUACUUAAUCUCCGCGGAGCUGAUGUGGAAUACAACCCUGUGUUCCGUAGCUACGCUUUCGUGGACACGGAGCGUGCCAUUAUCUUUGUCGAUCUGGUGAAGCUAUCCGAUGGCACAAAGGCGCAUCUCAAAAUCCACGGAAUAAGUUUUGAGCCUUACGAAGCCAUCUGGGCCUUCCUGCGUAAGGAGAACGGAAAUCCUGGGAAAGUAGUUCUCUCGCACAAAACGGCUUAUGCAAUCACGGCAACCCUUUUUUCCACGAAAAUCGACGUAUUGCCGCAUUCUGAGAUCGAGCGUGCAAAAUCGAUCAAGAACGAAGUAGAGAUUGCUGGCUUCCGUGAGGCAUACCUACGUGACGGUGUUGCGAUGGUACGGUGGUUAGCCUGGUUGGAGGAAAGUAUCGUCAAAAAGGGGAACAAGAUAACGGAGUGGGAGGCUGGGGAGAAGUUGACCCAAUAUCGCCGGCAAAAUGAAAAUUUCAUGGGACUGGCGUAUGAGAAUAUCUCUGCGUAUGGUGCAAAUGCAGCACUGCCUCACUACGCCCCACAACGGCAUGCUACCUCCUUCAUCGGCACAGACGCUCCAUAUUUGAUCGACUCGGGUGGAAAUUAUCGCGAUGGGACUUGCGACACAACACGGACUUAUCACUUUGGUACGCCAACAGAUGACCAAAUAGAAGCAUACACUCGAGUGCUACAGGGACAUAUUGCUAUUGAUACCGCCAUAUUUCCUGAAGGAACUACUGGUGCUCAGCUUGAUACACUUGCUCGACAAGCCCUAUGGAAGGAUGGGUGCCAUGGCACUGGACAUGGUUAUGGCCAGUAUCUUAACGUCCAUGAAGGACCUCAGGGUUUUGGUAUUGCAGAGCCAUUCCGCCCAGGUCAUGUGGUGACGAACGAGCCUGGUUUCUAUCAAGAAGGGCACUUUGGCAUCCGUUUAGAGAGCGCGUUGGUCGUCCGCCGCGUAGAGACCAAGGGACAAUUUGGAGGCGAUAUCUGGCUUGGCUUCGAGCGUUUCACACAGGUUCCCAUACAGACGAAACUCGUGAAGGAGGAGCUGUUGAGCAAGGAGGAACGUGCUUGGCUGAAGGCGAGCAUUUUGAGCGCACUCUGCGACCACAACACGCGGUGCCGUGUGAGCUUGGCACCCCUCCUGGAAGACGAUAAACGUGCCUUGAAGUGGUUGAAGAAAGAAACUCAUCGCAACAAGGCCGGUAUUGAAUGGGAUUAA